AUGGUCAAGGUGAAAGUUCCGAGCGAAUACAUGGGACAGAUGUGUGGUCUGUGCGGCAACAACAACGGUGUCCGUAGCGACGACUUCAUGUUACCCGACGGCGAAAUUACCAACAGCAGAAAAACUUUCGCGAACAGCUGGUACAUCGACACGAGAAAUGUGACUUGUCCAGAUCCCCCUCCUGGCCACUGCGAGGAACACAUACGGACAGCUGCUGAAGCGGCGUGUCAGAUACUAAAAGACACGGACGGCCCGUUUGCUGUCUGCCACAACACCGAGGAUCCUGAGCCUUUCUUCCAAAGUUGCGUCAUCGACAUGUGCGCGUGGGGCAUAAGCACCACUGCACUUUGUCAGAAUCUGGAAACCUACGCUGACGAGUGCAGAGAAGUUGGUGUGGCACCAUUUGCUUGGCGGACGGACGAUCGCUGUCCUCUAGACUGUCAACCGGAUAGCACGUACUCUAUAUGCACCACUCCCUGCCCUGCCACCUGCCCGAACCCGAACGCUCCAAAGCAAUGUACCGAGAGCUGUGUAGAAGGCUGCGAGUGCAAUCCUGGCUAUCUGCUUAGUGGACAAAAUUGUGUUCUAGAGGAGCAGUGUGGCUGCAUCAGCGACUACGGGCGUUAUUUCAUGCUCGGAGAACAAUGGCGGGAGAACGGUUUUGACUGUGUCUGCGAAGAGGGGAACGUCAUGGCUUGUGAAUCCGUCACGGCAAUCAUGCCCAUUUAUAUACCCUGCGAUGAGGCUGCAGAAACGACCGUCUGCUAUGCAUGGGGAGACCCGCACUACCACAUGUUCGACGGGGACGAGCAUCACUUCCAGGGCCCGUGCAGGUACACCUUAGCUAAGGACCAAGGCACCAGCUGUGACUUCAUCGUGGAGGCACAGAACCAACCGAUCACCUCAGCCCCACACCUGUCCUUUGUCAGAGACGUGUACGUGGAGGCGUACGGACUGACCGUUGGACUUCAUCAGGGAAAACUCGUGACGGUGGACGGUGAGUUGCACUCGCUGCCCUUCAGCAAAGCCCUUAAUAAGAUCCAGGUCUACCUGAGUGGCCUUUUUGUCUACGUGUGGCUGGUGGCAGUUCCAGAUGACUACAGUGGAAGUAUGUGCGGUCUGUGCGGCAACUUCAACGGUUUCUCGGGGGACGACUUCAUGACACCCGACGGGACCAUUGUCGCAGAUGUCAACAUCUUCGGAAACAGCUGGCUCACCGAUAAUGAGACUUGUCCAGACGAUCCCCCAACAGACCCGCCUGACGGUUGUAGCGACGCCCUAAAAGCAGCUGCUGAGGCGGAGUGCGGGGUGCUUACAGAUGACCCAGGCCCGUUCGCCUCCUGUCAUGGCCGCCUGGACCCACAACGUUUCUUCGAUACCUGCGUUUUCGACCUCUGCGGCUUGGGAGGAGACACCAGGGGGCUUUGUCAGAACCUGGAAGCCUACGCCGAAGCCUGUGUGCAAGCUGGCGGGGCUAGAUUCUCUUGGCGGACGCCAGAUCGCUGUCCUUUGAACUGUGGGGGAAACAGCACGUUCUCCACAUGCGCCAGUUUGUGUCCUGCCACCUGCCUGAACCCAACCGCUUCCGAGAAGUGUGACCGUAACUGUACAGAAGGAUGUGAAUGCGACGAGGGAUUCCUGCUGAGUGGGCAGACGUGCGUUCUGGAAUCGCAGUGCGGCUGCACCGGCGAUGAAGGGCGUUAUUUCGUGCUUGGAGAACGCUGGGGAAGAGAGGGUGAGACCUGCGUCUGCGAGAUGGGGGGCAACAUUACUUGUGAGGCCUGCAGUGAAGAUGACGGCCACGAAUUAGUGCUCGUGAAUGGAGUCUUGGAAUGCCUGUGUGUCGAGGACCGUUGUAACGAGUGCCUCUCCGAUCCGUGUCAGAAUGGCUCCUGUAUCGACAGAGUCAACGGCUACACCUGUGACUGUUUUGCUGGCUAUGAAGGCGUUCACUGUGAAACAGAUAUUGACGAGUGUGCAGUGAGCUCAGACAAUUGUGACAGUGACGCAACGUGCACGAACACGCCCGGAUCGUUCACAUGCGCGUGCAACAGUGGUUACCAGGGAGACGGCAGGAGCUGUGUCGAUAUGGACGAGUGUGCGCUGGGCACAGAUGACUGUGACAGUGACGCAACGUGCACGAACACGCCCGGAUCGUUCACAUGCGCGUGCAACAGUGGUUACCAGGGAGACGGCAGGAGCUGCGUUGAUAUUGACGAGUGUGCGCUGGGCACAGACGACUGUGACGGUAACGCAACGUGCACGAACACGCCCGGAUCGUUCACAUGCGCGUGCAAUAGUGGCUACCAGGGAGACGGCAGGAGCUGUGUCGAUAUUGACGAGUGUGCAGUGAACACAGACGAUUGUAACGGUAACGCAACGUGCACGAACACGCCGGGAUCGUUCACAUGCGCGUGCAAUAGUGGUUAUCAGGGAGACGGCAGGAGCUGCGUUGAUAUUGACGAGUGUGCGAUGGGUACAGACGACUGUGACAGUGAGGCAACGUGCACGAACACGCCCGGAACGUUCACAUGCGCGUGCAAUAGUGGCUACCACGGAGACGGCAGGAGCUGUGUCGAUAUUGACGAGUGUGCGGAGGACACAGAUGACUGUGAUAGCGACGCAACGUGCACGAACACGCCCGGAACGUUCACAUGCGCGUGCAAUAGUGGCUACCAGGGAGACGGCAGGAGCUGUGUCGAUAUGGACGAGUGUGCGCUGGGCACAGAUGACUGUGACAGUGACGCAACGUGCACGAACACGCCCGGAUCGUUCACAUGCGCGUGCAACAGUGGCUACCAGGGAGACGGCAGGAGCUGUGUUGAUAUUGACGAGUGUGCGAUGGGCACAGACGAUUGUGACGGUAACGCAACGUGCACGAACACGCCUGGAUCGUUCACAUGCGCGUGCAAUAGUGGUUACUGGGGAGACGGCAGGAGCUGUGACACCGAUAACCUGGUCAUCGCCCCGCCCCGCUGGGUCCUGCAGUACCUGCAGGACGCCUCCGCCCCCAACACGGGCCUGCAGCUGCCGGAAAUACGGGACUUCGACCCUUCUCGUGGUUUGCCAGAUCAACUACCCAGGACCUUCAUUCAAAAUAUCCAGGGCCGGAAGAUAAGGGACGAGCUCAGGCAAACCAUCGAUGUCUCAGUGUUCCGAGACGGAUAUUGGAUUGAUCUGGAGAUAAGCGCUGACUAA